AUGAUCGAUUUGGAUCCGUGCCAUAAGGAUCUUGGUCGAAAAAUCAAUAAUUUGGACCGUGGCCCCUCCGAAUCGCUUAUCGUAGCUCCUCCGUUGAGAUUACCGCCUAUCACUACGUGGUUUGCAGCCCUUGAGACGCUCAAGAACUUGAAAGCUGCGAGCCACGCUCCAAGGAGUAGUCAACCUACCGGUACCGUCCACCACAUCCACCACGAUCUUGAGUCCCUGAUAUGGGUCGCCACAUACUCCUUGUAUCAGCGAGCCUAUGAGAUAUCAAUGUACCCUCAAAGCGGCUGGGACGUGUCCCACCAGGAGGUCAUCGAGGACGCACUUAACACUGACUUUGGCAACUCCGACGCAGGCACCGUCGAAAGUCGGCGGAAGGCGAUGGCAAGCCGCGGACUAUCCGGUCUGUACAGCGUGCUCCGGUACUUUGAUGACGAGCUGCGUGACUUUGUGCUGGGGUUGAUGGACCUCGUGCAUGCGCAGAACCGCAACGAUCUCCCAGCCUUGCCGCACACAGCCACUUCGUCUGUGCCACAGAUGGAAGUUGAGGUGCUGACAUGCGAGAGUCUCAGGAGGUAUAUUGAUUCGUACAUAUCUGAGCAUUGCAAUGUCAGGACGUGA